GUAACCACCAACAGUCAAGAGAAACAACAGUUUUAUUUAACUGAUGAGCGAGCGCAGUGCGCUGUUAGCUUUGUGUGAACAGACUGUUUGGAAGACAAACAAACACUUGAGGAUCAUGUCUGUUUUCCGGACUUUCUUUGCGGUUCUGCUUGUUUAUUUAAUGGCGCAGAAGAGUUGUGCUACUGUGAUCUACGCAAAAGUCGGUGACUCGGUUGUCCUUCAUCCAGGUCGGAGUUUCACUCCCAUCACUUCCAUUAGCUGGGGGCAUGAAAUGAGCCCUAUCUUGGAGUGGUUUGGAAAGGACAUUAUUCCUUACAAAAGUUAUAAAGGUCGCAGUGACAUGGAGAAAACAACAGGAAGUCUGAUCAUCCACAACCUGUCAGUGGAGGACACCGGGCGCUACACACCUAAGAUUAACAGCUUGGUUCUUAACCCAGUGGUACUCAAGGUCAUCGAACCGGUCCCAAAACCGAUGGUGCUCUUAAAAUGCAACGAUAGGCGAACCCUCUGUGACCUCACCUGUAAAGCCAACACCAGUCCUCAGUUUGGACCCGUCACGUAUAAAUGGGAAGCAGGAAACAAGGUGGUGUCCACUGAUAAUCAGCUGAGCUUAACAGUGAAAGAUCUACGUCGUGCUUACACCUGCAAGGUGAAAAACCCCGUUAGCACCUCGACCAGCGAUGAGGUGGCUGCCCCUAUUAAAGAAGGGGUUCAUCCUGCGGCAGUGGUGGUACCGGUUGUGCUUGUAGUCCUGGUUCUGGUUGUGGCUGGUGGCUAUGUUAAACACAGGAAAGAGCAAAAACAAGCGCAGAAUGUUGAAGAACCCCCUGAUGAGAUGCCUGCUAUAGACCUGAAACCCGUGAGGGGAAAUGGAUUUACUUUGGAAAGUAUUGAAAGUGGAUUGGUCUCACCUGCAAUGAAGAAGACGAACUCCAGACAAGGACGCCUUUGUCUCUAUGAUGAUGAAGAACAAAGGGAGCAUGACGACCAGAAACUUGAGAAGCAAAGCCAGGAGCUUCAAAUUCCUGCAGACAUCUAAAUUCAUCACAGAUGUAUUGAAUUGAGCAAAGCACCUCUUGAGCUUUUUCUUUGUAACCUCACAACAAACCAAAUAUGAUAGUAGCAGUAGUU